AUGUUGAAAUCGGCGGGGAAGAGUGGAGAUGGGUCUGGGUCUGGUGGAUCGGUGGCUCCUUUUCUGAGGAAAUGCUAUGAGAUGGUGGAUGAUAACGAUGCAGACUCUAUAAUCUCGUGGAGUGAAACCGGCGACAGCUUUGUGAUAUGGGACAUGACCCAGUUCUCGAUUUUAUUGUUGCCCAAGUAUUUCAAGCACAGCAACUUUUCUAGCUUCAUGAGGCAGCUCAAUAUCUAUGGCUUCAGAAAAAUAGAUUCAGAUCGUUGGGUGUUUGCAAAUGAAGGAUUUAUUCGAGGUCAAAAGCAUUUGUUGAAGAAUAUUUCUAGAAGGAAACAUCCUCAGGGCACAGAUCAGAGAAAAGCAUUACAGCAGAAAGACAAUCCUGAUGGGCCUUGUGAAAACAUUGUUGAAAAUGGUCUAUGGAGGGAAGUUGAGAACCUGAAGACUGAUAAAGUUGCUCUGAAGCAAGAGUUGGUCAAGCUUAGGCAGCACCAGGAAAUUUCAGAAAAUAACUUGCUCCUCCUGAGGAACCGCCUUCGUGGAAUGGAGAAGAAUCAGCAGCAGAUGCUGUCAUUUCUAGUUAUGGCCAUGCAAAGUCCUGGGUUUUUAGUUCAGCUUCUUCAGCCAAAAGAAAACAGUUGGCGCAUUGCUGAACCUGGGAAUAUGCUAGAACAAGGUGUAGAUGAUGGUAUACCAAUAACUUCUGAUGGUGCGAUAGUGAGGUACCAACCUCCUGUGGAUGAAGCCCCGAAGCCUGUCCUCGCAGCGAAUUCAGGCUCAGACAAACAAACCGAAUUUGAUUCUUAUAUAGAUGGAAUGAACGAUUUUGUCGUGAAUCCUGAUUUCAUGAAAAUGCUAAUGGAUGAAAAGUUGAGCUCUCUAGAAAAUCAAGCCCCAUAUACCCUACCGGAUAUAUCUGAUGAUGGUGCAUGGGAGCAGCUUCUUUUAGCUAGUCCUUUCUUAGAAGAUAUUGAAGCUACAAAGGAAGAUGGAAAAGAGACUGUUGACUCUAGAAUGGAGGUGGAAUCAACCGCAUCGGAGCUGCAAGAAUCACAGAAUUUUGAUACUUUAAUAGAGCAAAUGAAGAAAUCUCAGAACUUUGCAUCGGAAUCAACAGUUUAUGGAUCUAAUGUGGAGAGCUCUCAAAACUUGGAACAUAUAACUGAACAAAUGGGAUAUUUAGCUUCUGACUCUAACAACAAACGAGGAACACAAUCAGGAAAGUGA